ACAAAAACACAGUCCCUUAACUCGUAAUUAAACACCAAACCAAAGGGUAAACAAAAACCACAACACAAAGCUGUCAUCCUCCCAACUUACUUACACAGCCUGUCGUUGCCCCCACUGGUCGUUCAAACUUCAAAAAAAAAUAUUGGAAACAUACACAUAAUCACAAAACGACGAAAAUUCCUACGUGGCACAUCCUUUUAUAUAAAUACACACAAAAGCACCUUUCACUUCUCAUCUCCUUUCUUAACUAUUCCCUUUAUUGGCCGGUAAACGAGUCGACUCACUGAGUCAGACCAAAAAACACCAUGGGUAUAUGCAGCUCGUACGAGUCCGCACAAGUGGCGACAGCGAAGCUGAUCUUACAAGACGGGAGGAUGAUGGAGUUCACGAGCCCGGUCAAAGUAGGUUACGUGCUACAGAAGAAUCCGAUGUGUUUCAUUUGUAACGCCGACGAUAUGGACUUCGACAACGCCGUAUCCGCCAUUAGCGCCGACGAGGAGUUUCAGCUUGGUCAGCUUUACUUCGCUCUUCCUCUCAGCGCGCUUCAUCAUUCUCUCAAAGCCGAAGAGAUGGCUGCAUUGGCUGUUAAAGCUAGCUCUGCUCUAAUGAGAAGUGGUGGUUCUUGUGGCCGAGAUAAAUGCAGGUGUCGUCGGAAAUGUGUCUCUCCGGUGAUAUUUUCGGCACGAAGAGUCGCGGCGGUGGGAUCUGACGGAGUGACGAGGAACGGGAAAAGACGCGGUGGUGGGAGGAGGAAGUAUGCGGCGAAGUUGAGUAAGAUAGAAGAGUAGUGAAGGGUAGUUUGGUAAUUUAGCUAUUAUUUUAGGGUUAAGUUUGUAAAUAGCAUGUAGUGGUUAUUAUUAUUGGAGGAGCAUUUUGGUAAAACGAUCUUGUUGUAGUGCACAUUGCAUUUAGCAACGUGGGAAAAGUGAUUGUACUUUGGUUUACUAUCAUAUCAUAUGAUUAGAGGAUUUUAUAUU